UCCCGCCCGCGGUGGUGAUGCUGCUCCCUGUGGAGGAGGGCUGCGCGUGUCCGCCCCCAGCCAAUCACAGCGCAGGACGGAGAUGGUGUGAAUGGAGGCAAGACGAUGUCGUCUCGCGAAGCGAUGGGGAAGAUUCAUCAUCGUUGAAAGAUCUGACUCCAGAGCAACCCACCUGUUCUUGCAUGAAUUAAAGCAGUCCUAUGCAAUUAAGCAAGCAGGAGCAGUCUCACUUCAGCGUGCCCCUGGCAAGGACCCCCUGGUGGCCACAUCCACCUUACCCAGGACAUGUACGGCAGUGCCAGGGCAGUAGGCCAUAUAGAGAGCAGCCCCGCACGGUCCCCGCGCCUGCCCAGGUCCCCCCGAUUGGGCCACCGGAGGGCCAACAGCGGGGGCGGGGGUGGUGCGGGGGGCAAGACGCUCUCCAUGGAGAACAUCCAGUCCCUCAAUGCGGCCUACGCCACCUCGGGGCCCAUGUACCUGAGCGACCACGAGGGCGUGGGCUCCACUGCCACCUACCCCAAGGGCACCAUGACCCUGGGGAGAGCCACCAGCCGGGCCAUGUACGGGGGCCGCGUGACAGCCAUGGGCAGCAGCCCCAACAUUGCUUCAGUGGGGCUGCCCCACGCUGACCUUCUGUCUUACAGUGACCUGGGCUCCCUCUCCAUGCUGCAGCACCACCACCACCACCAGGGGGUGCCGUCGGCCCUGCUGAGGCAGGCGGUGCGGAGCAGUGGGGGCGAGCUGCUGGAGAUGCAGGCCCAGUUCAGGGACAUGCAGAGGGAGAACGAGCUGCUGCGCAGAGAGCUUGACCUGAAGGACAGUAAGCUGGGCUCCUCCACCAACAGCAUCAAGAGCUUCUGGAGCCCCGAGCUCAAGAAGGAACGGAUCAUGCGGAAGGAGGAGGCCGCUCGGACGUCCAUCCUGAAGGAGCAGAUGAGGGUGACUCAUGAGGAGAACCAGCUGCUGGAUGCCAGGAGAACCAAGCACCUCCAGCUGACCAUCCAGGCCCUGCAGGACGAGCUGCGGACCCAGAGGGACCUGAACCACCUCCUGCAGCAGGAGACGGGCCGGCCCGGGGACCACUUCUCCUCCAUCGAGCUCAACGAGGAGAACUUCCGCCGGCUGCAGGCCGAGCACGACCGGCAGGCCAAGGAGCUCUUCCUGCUCAGGAAGACCCUGGAGGAGAUGGAGCUGCGGAUCGAGACCCAGAAGCAGACGCUGGGCGCCCGCGACGAGUCCAUCAAGAAGCUGCUGGAGAUGCUGCAGAGCAAGGGGCUGGCGGGGGGCCGCGGCAUGGAGGAGGAGGAGCAGGAGAGGGCCCGGCGCAUCGCCGAGGCCGAGGCCCAGCUGGGACACCUGGAGGUCAUCCUGGACCAGAAGGACAAGGAGAACAUCCACCUCAGAGAGGAGCUACACAGGAGAAAUCAGCUGCAUCAAGACCCGGGCAAAACCAAGGCUCUGCAGACCAUCAUCGAGAUGAAGGACACCAAGGUAGCGUCGCUGGAGCGCAGCCUGCGGGACCUGGAGGACGAGAUCCAGAUGCUGAAGGCCAGCGGCCUGCUGAACACGGAGGACCGUGAGGAGGAGAUCAAGCAGAUGGAGGUCUACAAGAACCACUCCAAGUUCAUGAAGUCCAAGAUCGACCAGCUCAAACAGGAGCUGUCGAAGAAGGAGUCUGAGCUGCUGGCCCUGCAGACCAAACUGGAGACCCUGAACAACCAGAACUCGGACUGCAAGCAGCACAUCGAAGUGCUCAAAGAGUCUCUCACUGCCAAAGAGCAACGUGCAGCCAUCCUGCAGACAGAGGUGGAUGCUCUGCGUCUGCGUCUGGAGGAGAAGGAGUCCUUCCUGAGUAAGAAGACCAAGCAGCUUCAGGACAUGACUGAGGAGAAGGGCACCCUAACCGGCGAGAUCAGGGACAUGAAAGACAUGCUGGAGGUCAAGGAGAGGAAGAUCAAUGUGCUACAGAAGAAGAUUGAGAACCUCCAGGAGCAGCUGAGGGAUAAGGACAAGCAGCUGGGGAACCUGAAGGACCGCGUCAAGUCCCUGCAGACCGACUCCAGCAACACGGACACGGCGCUGGCCACCCUGGAGGAAGCGCUGUCCGAGAAGGAGCGGAUUAUCGAGCGUCUAAAGGACCAAAGAGAAAGGGAAGACAGGGAGCGCUUGGAAGAGGUGGAGUCGUAUAAGAAGGAGAACAAGGACUUCAAGGAGAAGAUCAACACCCUGCAGCUGGAGCUCACAGAGAAGGAGUCCAACCUCAUCGAUCUGAAAGAUCAUGCUUCCUCGCUGGCCACCUCCAGCCUGAAGAAGGACUCUAAGCUCAAGACGCUGGAGAUGGCCAUUGAGCAGAAAAAGGAGGAGUGUAGUAAGUUGGAGACCCAGUUACAAAAGCAAGCUGAGCAGCUAUUCAGUCAGAUGAACAAUCCUAAGGCCCAUGAGGUGGAUCACUGCGGCCCCAGAGGGACCUCGGACUACCUGGAGCGGGUGAGGCUGCUGGAGAAGGAGGUGUCCUACUACAAGGAGGAGUCGGUCAAGGCCCAGGCGGAGACAGAGCGCCUGCUGGACAUCCUGCGGGAGGUGGAGACGGAGAAGAACGACAAGGACAAGAAGAUUGCUGAGCUGGAGAGCCCCCCUCCUCCGUCCUCUGUCCCCCGCCCCGCCCCCCGUCCCGGGGGCAGAGCUCCCCCCGCCCUUGACCCCCCUGUGACCGCGCCUCCCCAGCAGAUAGGGGGCAUGGUGUGGGAUUUCCUGGGAAAACAAGGAGGCAAAGAGCAAACUAAAAAGGGCCCAAACAUUAAACUGGGAACCAAAGGGGACAAGAAGGGCAUGGGACAAGACCUCCGCAAAGACGGUACCAUGGACCACUUGAAGCUGGAGGAGCUGAUGGGCACUCUGGAGAGGACCAGGCAGGAGCUGGACGCCACCAAGCAGCGGCUCUCCUCCACGCAGCGGUCCCUGCAGGAGAGGGACGGCAUCCUCUGCAGUGUUGUCGUCCCGCAGCACUGCAUAGAGGGGGGGGGCACGGAGCGCCGCUCGCAGCUGGAGGAGAUCCUGGAGAUGAAACAAGAAGCCCUGCUAUCGGCUAUCAGCGAGAAGGAUGCCAACAUUGCCCUGCACGAACUAAAUGCCCCUAAUAAUAAGAAGAGCCAAGAGGAGUUGCUCUAUCUGAAGAAGGAGAAGGACAGACUGAUGCACCAGCUCAAACAGCAGACGCAGAGCAGAAUGAAGCUCAUCACCGACAACUAUGAGGACGAACACUACCACGCCAACAGCCCCCACGCCCCCCCGCCCCAGCCCCUCCACCCUCAGCCCCAGCCCCACUACCCCCACGCCCCCCACGCCCCCCAGACCCACUACCCCCACGCCCCCCAGCCCCUCUACCCCCACGCUCCCCACGGACAGCACGCCCAGCCGCCGGCCCAGCACCCACACACACAGCAGCCCCCGCCGGGGCACCCGCAGCCACACCCACCGCAGCACCCCCAAGGGCACCCCCAGGGGCACCCCCAAGGGCACCCCCAAGGGCACCCCCAGGGGCACCCCCAAGGGCACCCCCAAGGGCACCCACAGCACACCCAACACCCACAACAGCACCCACAACAACACCCACAACAGCACCCUCAACAGCACCCACAACAUCCCCAACAGCACCCACAGCACCAACAGCAAUACCCUCAGCAGCACCCUCCACCCCACCAGCGCCACAGUGCUCCCCCGCCCCACCAGCAGCACCCGCACGGACCCCCCCCACAGCAGCACCCUCACCCCCAGCACCCCCACGGCCCCGCUCCACAGGGGCCUCACCCCCAGCACCCGCACCCCCAGCACCCUCCGCACGCACCCACACAUUCCCAGCACCCGCGACACCCGGCGCCGCAUCACCGCGGGGGGCCCAACCGCGGACCACCCCAUGCUGGCCACCGGCCCGCCCCCGACCAGGACGAUGAGGAGGGCAUCUGGGCAUAAUCUGUACCGGGACCACCAAAGCACCACGAUCUGAAGGGAGGAUUGAGUCACUAUUGGAGGAGCACCGUUCUGCCAUGAUGAUAAAACACAUUGACUACCUGACCAAACCUUUAUUGAUUUCACUGAUGGAACACUUACAACGGAGCCUUGACUGGGGGAGGGACCAGGUGGACGAGCCAGGCGGGGGACACUGUCAGCUGAGCAGGCAGCAUCCUCAGUCGGGAGACACCACCUGCAGUGACAGGUGACCGUGGUCAUAGACCCUUUGAGCCCUGUUUGUGUUGCACUUCAGGUUACACCAGAGCUGUUCUCCGGGGGCAACGCGGCAGAGGGCCCGACUGCCGAGCGUGGAUCGGGUGGAUUGAGAGAGUCGCUGUGGCUCCAAACACCAAUUCGCUGCUUGACUUCCCAAAAGGAUAGUGUGUCAGAGAAACAUAAAAAAGAAACAGAACCUUGCAUCUCUACUGCCACAGAGGCCUGACCUCCAGAUACCUGUCUGCCUGCCCAGAUACCUGUCUGCCUGCCCAGAUACCUGUCUGCCGCCCUCCUCUGGCCACACAGCCCUGCUACACUUCCUUCCACACAUCCAAUGACAUUGAGUCCACCCGUUACGUCCUCACUUUAUUUACCGGCUGGGGUUUGUGGCUCUGCCUGCCUCGCCCCUCACUUAGCCAGCUCCAGCUCCACCCCCGCCUGAUCGGCCAGGUGUCACUCGCGCUCAUCUGACGUGGUGCACAGAAACCGCCCUUCCAUUCACUUAACAUUGUACUAACAAUCAGCAUACUUGCAUGACACGAUGAUGUAGUGCUGGGAGCCCAGCAGCUGAGCCUAGGAUCCACGAGGUAGAAUCCCCUUACCACUGGCGUCCGCCUUGAGCUCCGUCUGCAGAGCAGGGGGCUGGCUGAACGACCAUCCCCUGCACUUUGUGUUGGCCUUGGCGAAGGCUGCCGACUAUCCUCAUGUUACCUCAUUUGAUUACUAGAAGCAGUUAGUGGAUUAAUCUAUGCAGAUUUUCAGUUUGAAUUUAUUUAUCUUAAUCCUUGUGAAAGGAUAUCAAUCAAAGUAUGUUUUCCAUUUCGAUCAGACUGACCAUGAGAAUGGCCAGAAGAUAUGUGUACAUUAUUCAGAUGUUUUGGGUUUCUAUGACUAUGCACCUUCACACCCCCCUCCCUUUGUAGGAAUCUUCCUAAUGGUGCUGCUGUUGGUGCUUCACCUAAACGUUGUCUGAUGACCUGGUCAAGAGCAUCGUUCAAUUACUGAAUAGGGACUUGAUCCCAAAAUGGGCUUCAACUAUCAACUAUUGCUGAUGAUCGAAUUGUACAUACAUAUUUAAAACAACUAAAAUGAGUCUGCGUGAACAUGAAUCAUUUAUCUGAGAGGUUAUGGUCCUCUGCAUACGAUGCCAAUAUAAAUACUGUUGUUGACUAUGAAGUGAAAGUGGUGUUUGGUAGAUAUUCUCGUAUAGGUCAAUCAUCAGCUCAUUCACCCCUAUGUUAUUCAUGUGUCAUACAGUAUAUUAGUCCUCUCCAUGUCCUAGAUCAUCUGUGUGACCUCCCCUACCAAAAAAGUAUUGCAAACAUAGUGACUUGUUUUCUCCCUCUAAAGAUGGUGGCCUGCACCUAUUGCAGAACUGUAUACACAUAUUAUAGAUAUAUAUAUAUAUAUAAAUAUAAAGAGAGCUCUAUAGAGUAUGUCUAUAUGUAGUUUUAAUAUUAUUCCACAAAGGAGAAAGACAUUUUUUAUGUUCCUGCUUUUAGUUCGAAGGGGUGCACUGUAAGGCAGACUUGUUAUAUAGCGAGCAUGGAGAGAAAGCUCUGGGCUACAUUGUUAGAAUCUCUCUCUUGAUGUUGAAGAACAUUCCCUUUCUAGUUAUAGAAGACUGGUCUGACGCAGUCCAAUUGCUCAAGCAGCUAACAGGAAAAAACCACAAUAGGUGUGUACUCCAACCUAAAGUACAAAAGGCAACAUAUCGGCGUUCCGCAAGGAGCGUUGGUCCAGACCAGGGUGAGGGCUGGUCGGGGUCUCCCUGGCCCAGGGCAAACCACUCAGAAACUCAAUGGGAGCUAAGGUGGCAGCAAGAAGAAGACUAUGGCCUGAUCUCUGCACGGAGGGUGAGGACUAUCCCCUUAGCAGUGUCUCUCUGGAGUUCCUGAGUGACCAUGCCUGACAGAUCAUCCACUCCCUUCCCUUUUCUUAUGCUUUGCGUCGUCGUGGUCGUGCCGUCGUGAGCAGCAGUGGUGACAAGCGUGUCCGUAACAGUAGAACUAAAGAAAACGAUGAAUAUUCCAGCGUUGUUUGACCGUAGAGUGGAAGAUUAGACUGUUAUCGCCCACCCCCCCACCAGCCCCUCAUCACAUCAUGGUGCCUGAGUGUUUCUCCUUUGAUAAUAUUGAUGGUUGUGUUGUCCACUCUUUGGUUGGAUCAGCAGGCCGCUCUCCUCCAGAUCUCCUCCAGGUCUCCUCCAGGUCCCGGUACUCUUCACAUUGACCCACAUUCGCCAAGUCCUGUGAGUUGUUCGAUCUUUGCGUUUCCAAACCUAAUUAUAAUCCGAACGGUUGUGAUUGUGAAGAAGUGAAGACGGAGCAGACAGUGGGGCAGAAAUCUCUCACGUUGACAUCGGGGGACAGAGGUUAAAUCCUACAUUUUCAGGUUCUUAUCCAGUGAAUACUUGAAGUAGGGGGUUCUCCUACCAUGAAGAAAAACCUUAUGUGAUGAACAUGGAAAAGUAAUAUUGAGCAUUUUGAGUGUGCCCAUGCAUGCCGAUUUAUACAUAUUGUGCCAUCCGAAAAAGAUUAUUUAAGGGCGACCAGUUCUCUGCAGAGCGAGAGUUGAACUGUUUAUCUGGCUCAUGGUUUCGGCUCGGGGCAAGGACCAAUCAUCGUCGGAAGUGACCGGCCAGUUCUUCUGAAACACAUAUUAGUGGUAAAAAGCUUUUAGUUACACCCAAACAUUUCCACAAAGGCCUUUAGGAAAAAAACAAGAUAAGUCUAGCGCCUUUUUGUUUGUUUUUAUAUACGAGUUAUUUUCAGUUGUGUUACGCUGACAAUGAAAACCUUUGGAUCAAAGAAAUCACUGUGACCAAUGCCAGAUACAUUUAUGUUAAAUAGACCAAAUUUUUGCUUAUUUUUUUCAUUUCUGUAUUUAAGUUGUAUUUAUUUAAGUUCUAUUCUAUGCGUUCUGCUUUGAGACUGUACUAUUUGUCUAGGUAAAUGUUUUGACCUGUACAGUAAACUCUUAGGAACCAGUAAAAUGUGUGUACAGCAUGCUGAAUGAAUAUGUGCGUGAACGUGGCCUAUAAUUUCCCAUGAAGCAUCGCUCCUCCAUACAUUAAGUGCAUCGUGCAUUGUGGCGGCGUGAUGUUGUGUUUGAGAGUGCUGUGGUCCUCCCCCACCGUGUCCCCUCAGUAGACAGCCUGUGCAGUUCUAUGAGAGUGCAGCAUGAUUGCAGGGUUGCUGGUGUAAAUGUUUAAAAAAAAAAAGAUUUGUGUAAGUAUGUACUAGUGUGUAAGUGGGCACGCACACUCACUGCUUGUAUGUGUUAUCAAUGCAUAUGAGAAGGUAUGUCAAGUAGGGUACUAUUCCCCAAGAAGGAGGGAGAGUGAGUGGAAGGCUUGAAUGAAGCAUGGACUCGGUUAUGUUGCUGUUCCUAACCACGGAGGCUGUCUGUCCGUAGUACCCGAGGCGUUUGCUAUUGUAUGUGAUGUAACAGAAUAUAACUAUUGAGUGUUGGCCAGCUCGUUUAUAUCCAUCCAAUAAAGGUGACUUUCUUUCUG